AUGGCCGCUCAACCUAUGCAAAUCGGGAGUCCUGGUCACAUGGUCAAGAUUGACGAGAAUAUAGACACCAACGAGGCAUUCCUAGUUGAGGUUGAGAGAAGAGACGCCGCGACGUCGCUCUCCUUAAUUCAACGUCAUAUUAUGCCUGGUACAACAAAAUGGUCUUAUGAAUGGGGAGCGUACAAUGCCAACGGUAAUAUUGGCUACCAACAUGACACUGUCAACCAUUCAAGGACGUUUAAGGCUCCUAUAGCGUUGUACAUCAGAAUAACGUGGAAAAUCUUUGGAGGUUUAGGGUGUUUUAAAGCACCGGCUCUGGUGACCCUGUCUUACAGGAAAAUCUCACCUCAAAGCCACAACAUGAAAAAAGUGAGAAUGGGCUCACUCGAGCUAAUCAUGGAAAAUCAAAUCCCUUCGCAUCCGACCUUCCACUUAAUUGAAGCUGAAAAAGACUAUGACAUAAGGGGUGAUAAAAACAAGUCAUCUAAGAAACUGCUCAGAAGAGGAGAUAAAAAAGGAAUUAAAACCACAAGAGGUCACAUACACACCAAAGAAAAGCCAUGUCACAAGGAAUCAAAGUGCUACCAUUGUGGAGAGAAACAUCCUACCUAUGACAAAACAUAUGCAAACGUAACGAAAGAGGUCAGCCAAAAAGUUGACAAGAGCAUUUCAUGUGUCAUAACUCCAGCUGAACCUCUUAAACUCUCAAAAAAAGGAAAAGAUAUCUAUCUGAAUAAUAAUAAUAAUACAAAUAAUUUCAAUAACAAUAAGGAUAAAAACAAAAGUGGUAAAAAUAUUAGCGAUAGUCAAAAUGGAAAUGCCAAUAACGAUUAUAAGUAUACAAAUAAUAAUAAUGGUAGCCAUAAUAAGCUUAACAGUAAAAGUAAAGAAGAUGAGAUAAAAAGAAUUCAAUGGAAUAUCAGAGGAUUGCAAAGUAAUCUUCCCGAACUACAAAUACUAAUAAACGAACAACAACCACAAAUUAUAUGUUUACAAGAGACUAAAUUAAAUCCAAACAAACUUAUAGACAUAAAACACUAUACAACAUACUCAAAAGCACCUCCAAACUUACCGAUGAAGUCAGAAAUCAUUUUAAAAGUAAUCAAUAAACUAGCUAAACAACUGAUAAUUAUUGGAGACUUCAAUGGCCACAACACUAGUCAAUCAUUUCAAAAUAAAUCCGUAGCUACGAACCAUAACAACGCGUUCAUAGCCCACAAAGAAAGCAAAGAAAGGGUCAUAUUAGACUUUGAAUCCAACAAUAAUGAAGAUUAA